CGCCGCGGCCCAGCUGGAGGACGUCGCGGCGGGCGCGCGGCCUGUGAGGGCGGCUAGAGCGGCGGGCGCGGCGCGGCGUCAGCGUCCUGUCAGGCGGCGGAGGGCGCCGCGGACCGCGCCGCGAUGAUGCCGAUGAUAUUAACCGUGUUCUUGAGCAACAAUGAACAGAUUUUAACAGAAGUUCCUGUAACACCAGAAACAACCUGUCGAGAUGUUGUAGAAUUUUGCAAGGAGCCUGGAGAAGGCAGUUGUCAUUUAGCUGAAGUGUGGAGGGGAAAUGAGCGUCCUAUACCUUUUGACCACAUGAUGUACGAGCACUUGCAGAAGUGGGGUCCUCGCAGGGAAGAAGUGAAAUUUUUUCUUCGACAUGAGGACUCCCCAGCCGAGAACAGUGAACAAGGUAGCCGUCAGACCCAAGAGCAAAGAACUCAGAGAAAUGUAAUAAAUGUACCUGGAGAAAAACGCACUGAAAAUGGGGUUGGGAAUCCACGUGUUGAACUUACCCUCUCAGAGCUCCAAGAUAUGGCAGCUAGGCAACAGCAGCAAAUUGAAAAUCAGCAGCAAAUGUUGGUUGCCAAGGAACAACGUUUACAUUUUCUAAAGCAACAGGAACGCCGCCAGCAGCAGUCUAUUUCUGAAAACGAAAAGCUUCAGAAACUGAAAGAACGAGUUGAAGCCCAGGAAAACAAGCUGAAGAAAAUUCGUGCCAUGAGAGGACAAGUUGAUUAUAGCAAAAUCAUGAACGGCAAUCUGUCUGCUGAAAUAGAAAGGUUCAGCGCCAUGUUCCAGGAAAAGAAGCAGGAAGUACAGACUGCAAUUUUAAGAGUUGAUCAGCUUAGUCAGCAAUUGGAAGAUUUAAAGAAAGGAAAACUGAAUGGGUUCCAGUCUCAUAACGGCAAGCUGACAGGACCAGCAGCGGUGGAAUUGAAGAGACUUUACCAAGAACUACAGAUUCGUAACCAGCUUAAUCAGGAACAGAAUUCAAAACUCCAGCAGCAGAAGGAACUCUUAAAUAAGCGCAACAUGGAGGUGGCAAUGAUGGACAAGCGAAUCAAUGAAUUGCGUGAACGUCUUUAUGGCAAAAAAAUCCAGUUGAACCGUGUGAAUGGCACAUCAUCACCGCAGUCACCCCUGAGCACGUCUGGCAGGGUUGCCGCUGUGGGGCCUUACAUCCAAGUUCCAAGUGCUGGAAGCUAUCCUGUCCAGGGGGACCCUAUAAAGCCCCAAUCUCUCACUAUUGCCUCAAGUGCUGCCCAUGGGAGAUCUAAAUCUGAUGGCCACAGUAGAUCCAGAGUGACCAGCGCGUGGACAGUGUCAGACCUGGACGUCAGGCUUGACUGCAGCUCCUUGGGGCACUCUGCAAGCCCACUCGUAAAGCCUAAUGAUGGAAGCUGGCCAACAUUAAAGCAGAAUUCUGGCUCUUCGAUGAAGCCGGCGCAGAUGGCCACUGUGGAUUGGAAGGACCCAGGCGUGGAGGGGGCUCUAAAGCAGGGUGCGAUCUCAAGCCAGCCUCUGCCCUUGUCUGCACUGGGAGCCACAGAGAAGAUGGGUGUGGAUAUUGGUAAAGGACCACCUCCCAUCCCUGGUGCAGGCAAGCCGCUGCCUCCAAGCUAUGGAACAUACCCAAGUCCUGCACCCCUGGGCCCAGGAUCAGCAAGUUCCCUGGAGAGGAGGAAAGAAGGCAGCUCACCCAGACCCAGUGCAGGCCCACCCAGCCGGCCGAAGCCUGCCCCGCUGCCCCCUACAGCCAGUGUCCCACAGCCAGGCUCCUCGCAGCAGAUCCAGCAGAGGAUUUCUGUGCCUCCAAGUCCCACAUACCCGCCAGCAGGGCCCCCUGCAUUUCCAGCUGGAGAUGGUAAACCCGAACUCCCACUGACGGUGGCCAUUAGGCCCUUCCUGGCUGAUAAAGGAUCAAGGCCACAAUCUCCCAGGAAAGGACCCCAGACCGUGAAUUCAAGUUCCAUAUACUCUGUGUACCUCCAACAAGCCACACCACCUAAGAAUUACCAACCAGCAGUGCACGGCACCUUAAACAAGUCAGUUAAAGCAGUGUAUGGCAAGCCUGUCCUACCAUCCGGGUCAACAUCUCCAUCGCCCUUACCCUUUCUUCAUGGGUCACUGGGCAUAAGCACCUCACAGCCUCAGCCAUCUUCAGAAUGUGCUGAGAAAGAGCCAGAGCAGGAGGGCCCUGCUGCACCUGGAGAGGGAAGCUCAGUGGAGAGCCUGCCGCGGCCACUCAGCCCCACCAAGCUCACACCCAUCGUGCACUCACCGCUGCGCUACCAGAGUGAUGCGGACCUGGAGGCCCUGCGCAGGAAGCUGGCCAAUGCACCCCGGCCCCUGAAGAAGCGCAGCUCCAUCACAGAGCCAGAGGGCCCCAGUGGACCCAACAUCCAAAAGCUGCUGUACCAGCGCUUCAACACCCUGGCUGGUGGCAUGGAGGGCACCCCUUUCUACCAGCCCAGCCCCUCACAGGACUUUGUGGGCACCUUGGCUGACGUGGACAAUGGAAACACCAACACCAAUGGCAACCUGGAUGAGUCUACUUCUGCCCAGCCCACAGCCCCACUCCCUGAGGAGCCUGCCCCAUCCUCAGAUGCCAAUGAUAAUGAGCUACCUUCCCCUGAACCUGAGGAACUCAUCCAUCCCCAAACCACCCACCAAACUGCUGAGCCCGCAGAGGAUAACAACAACAAUGUGGCCCCAGUCCCCUCCACAGAACAGAUCCCAAGCCCUGUGGCUGAAGCCCCAUCUCCGGGAGAAGAACAAGUCCCUCCAGCACCUCUUCCCCCUGCCGUCCACCCACUGGCAGCCUCAGUGAGCAAGCGGACCAACCUGAAGAAGCCCAACUCCGAGCGGACAGGGCAUGGGCUGAGAGUACGCUUCAACCCCCUGGCACUGCUGCUAGAUGCUUCUCUGGAAGGAGAGUUUGAUCUGGUGCAGAGGAUAAUCUAUGAGGUGGAGGACCCCAGCAAGCCCAAUGAUGAAGGGAUCACCCCACUACACAACGCGGUCUGUGCCGGUCACCAUCAUAUUGUGAAGUUCCUGCUGGACUUCGGGGUCAAUGUGAAUGCUGCUGAUAGUGACGGAUGGACACCACUACACUGCGCAGCCUCUUGCAACAGCGUGCACCUCUGCAAGCAGCUGGUGGAGAGUGGAGCUGCCAUCUUUGCCUCAACCAUCAGUGACAUCGAGACUGCUGCAGACAAGUGUGAGGAGAUGGAGGAAGGCUACAUCCAGUGUUCCCAGUUUCUGUAUGGGGUACAGGAGAAGCUGGGAGUGAUGAACAAAGGUGCAGUCUACGCCCUGUGGGACUACGAGGCCCAGAACAGCGACGAGCUGUCCUUCCACGAAGGCGAUGCCAUCACCAUCCUGAGGCGCAAGGACGAAAGCGAGACGGACUGGUGGUGGGCUCGGCUCGGGGACCGGGAGGGCUAUGUGCCCAAAAACCUGCUGGGGUUGUAUCCACGGAUCAAGCCCCGGCAGCGAACACUUGCCUAAGCUUCCCCCUGGAGCACCACAGUCUUGCUGGCUCCCAGGAGCUGCUGGAGAGGAUCAGCUGUCCGGGGAAAGCUGACGCUAGGAUGGCCUCAUGGUGCUCACUUUAGCAGACACCACCCAUAAUGUGAAUUCCUGCACUUCCCAGGUGAGGCCUUCUCCAGUCCACCGCAGAUGGGAGAGGUACUUUUGCUUCCAAGAGGACCGAGUUUUGCCAAUUACUGUAAAUCCAAAUAAACACCCAACUUUCAGAACUCCCACCCCUGUUGCCAAUAAGAAGCCCUGUAAUUAUUAGGACCCCUGUUGGUUGCCAGUGAAGAUUGAGCUCUGACCUGGCCCUGAGGCCACCUCUUGUACCCCCACCGUGAAACCAAGCUGCUGCCAGAUGCCCCCACUGCAGCCCACCCUUCCUUACCUCCCCACAGUUGUUCCUUUUACUACCAAAGGAGCCGCUGUGGGCAUACUGUCCUGUGGUUGCCCCUGGGGAUAUCCCCAGGGGUCUUUCUGCACAGAUGAGUGGAGUGUCCAGCUUCUUGCUGGCCCUGUGCUGGGGCUGGACUUCCAUUUCUGGGCACACAUGGUUCGGAUUCCUACAGCCUCUGGCUGCACACCUUGAAUCUGUUUUUGUUCUGAGUAUAGUCAGACACAAGUCUGGGCAAGGACAGGUCAAGGCCUCUGAGGCAGCAGCAGCAGCAGGGCAGGGACCAGUCCAGACAAAGCCAGCUGGAAGGCAGCAGUGCUGGCCCUGAUCCCUGGUUCCACACAAGGCAGACCCUGAACUGGAACCUGAAUUGUGUGGACAGGCUUUUUAUACACCAAGAUUAUUUUUCAGCUAGACCAUUCAAAACUACCAGAACUAUGUUGGAAAUGUUCUUUCUCAUUAACACACAGGCCCUUAGGCUUUAUUUUCCAUGUGCAUCUUGUGUAUGAUCUCUGUGUAAAUAUGUGUAUGGACUCAGAGGCAGAGCUGCAGUUGAUGGCUGACUGCACAGGGUGUGGCACUGAGUGACACCACUGGGAGCAGCUCUGCUGUCCCCGACACUGCUGACGCUGUGUAAAUGUGCACAAUAAACUGCUGUCUCACA